UCCUCUGUUUUCCUUCAGUUUCUCUCACGUUCUCGCCCCUAGGGUUUCGCUUAUUCCUAUCGAGUUUUACUCGUUGCUAUCUCUUACAAUGAGCAACGACAAGGAUCAGUUCAACAUCGCUGAUCUCGGAGCCGCCCUCCCCGCCGCUGCUGCCGCUCUUAGUGCGGAGGAUCGGGCCGGGCUCGUGAACGCUCUCAAGAAUAAGCUUCAGAAUUUGGCUGGGCAGCACUCAGAUGUUCUGGAAACUCUUUCACCGAAUGUCAGAAAGCGUGUUGAGUUUCUCAGAGAAAUUCAGGGUCAACAUGAUGAGCUGGAGGCUAAAUUUUUUGAGGAAAGAGCUGCACUUGAAGCAAAAUACCAAAAGCUUUACGAACCACUUUACACAAAGAGAUAUGAAAUUGUCAAUGGUGUAGUUGAAGUUGAAGGCAUCACCAACGAAGCCCCAAUGGACCAAGAAGAGGAUAAAGCCACUGAAGAGAAAGGAGUGCCUAACUUCUGGCUUACUGCGAUGAAGACCAAUGAAGUACUGGCUGAGGAGAUAUCAGAGCGUGAUGAAGGGGCCCUCAAAUAUCUCAAAGAUAUCAAGUGGUAUAGGAUUGAUAAUCCAAAGGGCUUCAAGCUGGAGUUUUAUUUUGAUGCUAAUCCUUACUUCAAAAACUCUAUUCUGACAAAAACAUAUCACAUGAUUGAUGAUGAUGAACCUAUUUUAGAGAAAGCAAUAGGGACGGAGAUUGAAUGGUAUCCAGGGAAAAGUUUGACCCAAAAGCUCCUAAAGAAGAAGCCUAGGAAGGGAUCAAAGAAUGCCAAACCCAUUACUAAGACAGAAAAUUGUGAAAGUUUCUUCAAUUUCUUCAACCCUCCACAGGUCCCUGAGGAUGAAGAGGAUAUUGAUGAAGAUGUUGCUGAAGAACUCCAAAAUCAAAUGGAACAAGACUAUGACAUAGGUUCGACCAUUCGGGACAAAAUUAUUCCUCAUGCUGUGUCAUGGUUUACGGGGGAAGCUGUUCAAGGGGAUGAGUUUGAAGAUAUAGAAGAUGAUGAUGAUGAAGAUGGGGAUGAUGAAGAUGAGGAGGACGAAGAGGACGAGGAUGAGGAGGAGGAUGAUGAAGAUGAGGAUGAGGAAGAGGAAGACAAGAGUAGGAAGAAGACAUCUACUGGACCCAAGAAGAGUGGAAGAUCACAUGCUGGGGAAGGUCAGCUGGGUGAGCGUCCUCCUGAGUGCAAGCAACAGUAGUAUUAGAUUGCAGACAACAGACAUGGAAGCCAGAUGAGUCAAUGGUGUCCUGGUUGUUGAGAGUUUUGGGUCUUUGAUUUUCUCUCAUUAUCAUUCAAUUAUCAUUGCCUGUUCCUCUUUUUUCCCCUUGUCUUUACCAUAGAGGAGCUUUAUAAUUUGUUGGGGUUUGGGUUCUUCUGGGGUUGGCUUGAGUUGUGGAUUUCCAAUUACAUUGUUGAAUUAUAUAUUGAUGUUGUGUCUUAAAUGGUUAGUAUUAAGUCAAUGUAUAUUAAUGUUCUUUUUCUA